AUGAACAUAGGGACUAAGGCUACUUCUCCUCUCUCUCUCUUGGGCUCCAGGAAGACCUCGCUGCAAUAGUAACUGAGAUUUGAAGCCUUUCAUCCACUGGCACUUGUACCUUUUCUUUACUCUAGUCCAUGGUGUGUGCUUCAGGUUUACCUACAUCCCAGAAAGAUGACUUUCUCCGGACUGUGCAAUCCAGAAUGUGGGGUGGCCCGACCCAGUCCAGUCACUGGCAGCUGCAACGAGCCAUGCGUUAGGCAGUGCCCUGACUCCGAAGUGCUGAUCAGACCCUCACCGGUUGUCAUGACCCUCCCAGGACCAAUUCUCAGCAAUUUCCCUCAACACAGUGGAGUGGGAGCCGUAGGAGCACCUGUGGUUGGACCUGGUUUUGGGGGCUCAUUGGGUCAUGGGGGAUUGUACGGCUAUGGAGGCCGUUACGGAGGAUGGUAUGGUUUAGGGGGAUAUAGGGGUUACGGUGGCCAUUGGGGUUAUGGGGGAUGUGGUUAUGGGGGAGGGAUCCUGGCCAUCUCAUUAGGCGGUUACCUGGGUGGUUAUGGUUAUGGGGGAAUAUGCGGUUCUCGGGUAUCUUGCCAUAGGUACCUUAGUGGAAGCUGUGGGCCAUGCUAAACCCAGCGGAACAUCCAUGGAAGAAGGAAGAACCAGGAAAUGAACAGCAAGAUCCAGAUUCACCCCUGACCUUUUGGGCAUGGCUUUCAGAAGUGUUGUGCAAACAUAGCUCCACUUGAAGUCAGUGGGAGCUGUGUGUGCUCAGCACCUUGGUCUGAUAGCCAUGCUGCAUUUCUAAUGUUACGCUUUAGGACUCUUUCUGCUAAGACUUUGCCAGCCAUGUGCUGAUUCUCACUUUCACAUGUGGACUCAUUCUGAAUUACACGCAGGCUGUUUAUACUAACCCCGCAGGGUGAAGGCAACAGGGGCCUGAAGACAGGCAUUAUUUACAUUUAUUAUCACUUUAAGUCCCUUGAGAGAGGGAAAAAGAGAUCUUGAUGUCAAGCAGAAUUAGGCCAUAUAUGUUCUAUCCUUUUCAUCAGUCCAUACCUCUAGUGUCAUGCUUUGACCUUUGCUGCGGAAGAUGUCUAAUGGAGAAGCUGCAUAGUUCCUGCUUCUCUUUUGCUUUGUCUCAUUACCCAUCGAUUGGGGUAGAAUAAUAAACUUAAAAUGGUUACAGUGGGGACUCAUUUGUCAACCUCUGCAGCUGCAACAAAACACAAAGAACAUUGUGUCUGAAGUACAUCCCAUUGAGGCCCGUGAUCGGUCGCAGAUCUCCUUUAAAUUCUGGAAAUACAUUCUUUCUGCUCUGUACUAUUUCUUCCUGUAACUCUGUACUGCCAAUUGCAUUUGAAUUAAAACCUAUGCGGCAUCAUAAUAUCAGUCUCUGGUUCUCUUUGUUUCUCCCUCCUCGUUUAAAAAUCGCGCUGGAUGA